AUGACCUGGCCCUCGUCGUCGUCGGAACCGAUCCUACUGGACAUCAAAGGACCUUACGCGAUCAUUACCCUCAACCAACCGGCCAAGAAGAACGCGCUCGACCUCGUACUCUACAAGCGUCUCAGUACCCUCAUCCAGGUUAGUCCGUCAACCUGUUCAUGCCUGUUCAUCCCUUGUAUCGUAACGACCAGUCAGCGAGGACUCCGGAGUCUCGGCAAUCGCGGCAACCGGCGGCCCGCAGCGCGCAGCGGGGGCGAGGGGGGCGACGUGGACGAUGGCCGAGCUGAGACGUCUCGGCUUUAGCAACAGCAAGCUGCAGCGCCCGAGGCUGAUCAGCGCUGACAUUCACGCUGUGUUCAUCCUUUAGAGCGUCGAUGUGAAUCCAUCGGUUUACAUCACCGUCUUGACCGGUCGUGGUGACUUCUUCUCCGCUGGAGCUGAUGGUAAGUCGACUCGUCGCGCCUCCCCGGGUCCGAAUCGAGCGCGGCUGCCCGCUUCCGGUCUUGGGUGGGGGGCUCGGUCCCACCAGUUCCCGAAACUUGAUGCUCAUCGUGCCUUCUCGUCUGCACAGUCAAGCAAGCCCGAGCCCAAAUCGGUGAAGAGGACGUACGAGGCUCGACCCUCCGUCGCUUGACCGAGUCCAAUCUCGAUCUCGCUAGGGCUUUGUACCGCCAUAGCAAGAUUCUCGUCGCCGCGCUCAAUGGCCCUGCAAUUGGCUUGAGUGCGGCGUUGUUGGGGCAUUUCGAUUUCGUUUACGCUGUAAGUGCUUCGUACGAUGAUUGUGACGUCGGUUCGAGAGCGUGUAGCGUAUAUGAUGCUGUUCCUCCACUCGCUGCGUGGACGGUCAGGGGGCGGUGCGCGAUUUUGCAGAGCCGAGCGCACCCCAAGUGUUUUGGACGACCACGAGUUCUCGUUUUUUUUGGCCUUCGUUCCAAGCAUAAACUAAUCACCUCAUUUUUUCCCUCUUGACCAGGUCGAGAACGCCUACAUUCUGACUCCAUUUUCGGCGCUCUCACUUGUCGCCGAAGGCGGGUCGUCACUGUCGUUCCCCAGGCGUAUGGGCAUCGUCAAAGCCAAGUGAGUGAUGUUGGAUAAGGGAAUUAACUUACCACCGUGACCCAGAAGACUGAUGAGUGUGACUCUUUCUAAAGUGAGGCUCUCAUUCUCGGCAAGAAGCUCGGCGCUUCGGAGCUUCAACAGGUGGGUUUCAUGCGAUGGCGGAAUUGGAGUACGAACACUUCCUGUACUAACAACGCGACCAUGUAAAUUCCAGAAUGGCUUCUUCAACAAGGUAUGUUUCACAGGCAGAUCAGUCGUCCUCGGCAAGAGCUGACUUCUCACCCUCAAAACCUUACUCAGAUCUUCCCUCAAUCCUCCGACGCCGCGUUCGUGCAAUCACUCAUGACGUACCUCAAGGAAAAAUUCGCGACCUUGGACCUCGAUGCCUGCCUCAAGACGAAGCAAUUGAUCAAGCAGACCUUGCCCGAUCCGGACCCGAGCAACAUCCGGGAACUCUUCGCUGCGGCCGAGCAGUUCGCCUCUGGUCGACCCCAACAAAAAUUCGCCGAUAUCGCGGCGAAGAAGAUGCGUCAUAAGCUUUAG